CUUCUGCACUGGGGGCAGUCAGCACCUGGAACAGCAGACAGCUGGCUGUGCUGUCCUCCUCUGUGCUCAACUCCACCCAGGUGGGUCCUAGUCAGCUGGACUCCAGCACCCUGGUGGCUAUGGGGCACAUACUGUGUGGGAUCAAGGACUCAGACAUGCGCUCCCUGAAUGCAGUGGAGUUCAGUAAGGCAGUUCUGUGGCUGGGCCGUCUGAGGCUGGCCUGUUCAGAAGAGCAGCAGCAGGCUUUAACGGGACUGCUGAGCCAUAACCUGGCUUUCGGACCCAUGAGCUCCUGGGGCCCUGAGGUCUUCAUUGAGGUUGGAGCACUGGCAGCUGGCCUCCCAGAUAUGGCCAUGUCGUCUUUGGUGAAGGAGCAGGUUGAAGGACUUACACCUCUGGCUGUGUCCCUCAUCCGGGCAGACAAGUUUGCUGUCGUGUUUGACCCAGCCCAGAUCAGCAUGUUCUCCUUGAACAGGCCAAAGCGGUGA